GCCGAGGAGCAGAGACGACGCCGCCCCGCUGCCGACCGUGCGUGCGUACGUGAUACUAGUGCGGUGGCGAUCGAGCCACGCGGCCGCGUUUUGGCGGAAAAACGGGAGGUGAAUUUGGCGAAAAAACGAGCGGGGUUUCCCCGGUUUUUCCCACUCGGACUCGCACACCACCACCACCCGUGCUCCGCUCGGCUGCAGCUGCCGCCGCUGUUACGGAUUACGGGGGUGCGUGACUGCGUGCGCGUGUGUUACCGCCCGCGCCGCGGUGGCUUGGCUGCUCCGCCAAAUCUACCCCCUCCCCCACUCCACUCCCACUCCUCCUCUUGCUGCCGCUGCCGCCGCCGCUGCUGCUGCUUCUUCUCAUUCCCCCUCGCCGCUUUGCUUCCCUCGGCUUCGCGCUCACGAGAUCCCCACCCCCCACCCCCCACAACGCGGCGGCGCAUCGGCCCAUGCGGUAGCGAGCGCGAGAUCCAGCGCCCAGCAGUAGCAGAAGAAGACGGACUAGGUGCUCGGCGGAAUGUCGCACCGCGCGCUGCCGCCAAUGCCGGACACGCUGUCGGACGCGUUCGCCGCCGCGGUGCUGAUGUCGUCGACGGACAAGCCGGACACGCUGCCGCCGGGGAGGCUGUCCCCGGUCUCGCCGCUCACGCACUCCUCAUCCUCCAAGCUCCCCACCCCGAGCUCCUCCUCGGGCUCCUCGGGCUCCCUCUCGGUCUCCAGGGCCCCCGCCUCCGCGCUCGCCUCGCGGAGGAGCCAUUCCGGCGAGAUCCCGCUCCCCUCCGAUGGCCCGCCCCGUGGGUCGCGCCCUGGCCACCGACGGACCGGCUCGGGCCCCCUCAUCUUCACCUCCUGCUCCAGCUCCGCCACCUCGCCGCUCACCAACGCGCUCCCGGCGGGGAACAUCUGCCCCUCCGGCCGCCUCGCCAAGCCGCUGUCCUCCUGCUCCGCCGCGGCCACCCCGCCGGCCCCAACCCCGCCCCGCGCCGCCCGCCACGACGUGCUCGGCUCGGGCACCGCCAACUACGGCCACGGGAGCAUCGUGCGGUCGCGCAGCGGCGGCGUCGUGGUCGCCGAGGAGGACGCGGUGGUCAGGCGGGCCAUGUCCAGCGCCGACCCGGAGGAGCUCAAGAAGGCCGGGAACGAGCAGUACAAGAAGGGCUACUUUGAGGAGGCGCUCAGGCUCUACGACCGCGCGCUCGCCCUGUGCCCCGACAAUGCCGCAUGCCGCGGCAACCGCGCCGCCGCGCUCAUCGGGCUCCGCCGCAUCGGCGAGGCCGUCAAGGAGUGCGAGGAGGCGGUCCGGAUUGAUCCCUCGUACGGCCGCGCGCACCAGCGCCUCGCCUCCCUGCAUAUAAGGCUAGGACACAUCGAGGAUGCUCAGAGGCACCUCUCACUGGCGACCCCUCAGCCUGACCUCCUAGAGUUGCACAAAUUACAAACAGUGGAGAAGCACCUUGGGAGAUGUAUGGAUGCACGGAAAGUUGGGGACUGGAAGAGUGUGUUGAGGGAAAGUGACGCUUCUAUUGCGGCAGGAGCUGACUGCUCUGCUAUGCUCUUCGCCUCUAGAGCAGAAGCUCUUCUACGGCUCAAUCAGCUUGACGAGGCUGAUCUGGCGAUCUCGAGUGCUUCCAAGUUGGACUACUCAUCUUCAUGCACCUCAGACAACAAAUUCUGUGGGUUCCUUGCCAAUGCAUACCUCUUUUAUGUGCAUGCCCAAGUUGACAUGGCAUUGGGAAGGUUUGACCAUGCUGUCUCUUCUGUAGACAAGGCCAGGAUAAUAGAUCAAGGAAAUGUUGAAGUUGUAACAAUGCAUAACAAUGUGAAAGCUGUGGCCAGAGCACGAUCUUUGGGGAACGAGCUGUUCAAUUCUGGAAAAUUUUCAGAAGCUUGCUUAGCUUAUGGUGAAGGGCUCAAACAUCACCCUGUGAAUCCAGUCCUUUAUUGCAAUAGGGCAGCUUGCAGGUUCAAACUAGGUCAGUGGGAGAAAUCCAUUGAGGACUGCAAUGAAGCACUCAAGAUUCAACCCAACUAUCCAAAGGCUUUGCUCAGACGUGCGGCUUCCUAUGGCAAGAUGGAGCGAUGGGCAGAAUCUGUGAAAGAUUAUGAAGUUCUUAGAAAGGAACUUCCAGGUGACACUGAAGUGGCGGAAGCCUAUUUCCAUGCCCAGGUUGCUCUGAAGUCUUCUCGGGGUGAAGAAGUAUCUAAUAUGAAGUUCGGAGGAGAAGUUGAGGCAAUUACUGGAAUGGAACAAUUCCAGAUGGCUACAUCCUUGCCAGGUGUUUCAGUCAUCCAUUUCAUGACACCUUUAAAUCAGCAGUGCUGCAAAAUUUCCCCAUUUGUGAAUACCCUGUGUACCAGAUACCCAUCUAUCAGUUUCCUCAAGGUCGAUAUAAGCGAGAGCCCUGCUGUUGCACGCGCAGAAAAUGUGAGGACGGUUCCAACAUUUAAAAUAUACAAAAAUGGUACAAGAGUGAAGGAAAUGAUCUGCCCCAGCCUACAGCUCCUGGAGUAUUCAGUGAGGCAUUAUGGGAUUUAGUCCAUGAAGUGAUGACCUGAUGUUUCCUCAGGCCUCCAGCUUUCCCGCAAGCGACCACUGGCUAGCCAGGACAAAGCCGGUGAAGUUUAUCCUGAUGAAGACAACAACCAUGAAAGAAGACCAAGAGCGAAGAGGAAUUUUCCCCGAUCUCAUUCAUCCGAUGACCUUUUCUAUUCUCCCCUUUUCACCAUUUGUUGAUUACCUGCUUAAUUUAUUCUUUUCAUUUGUCUCAUGCGUACAUCAUUGUUGCCAAAUUCCUUUAGAACAAAAAAAAGGACCCAUCUUCCUAUUCUUGUGAAGAACGACUGUAAAUCUCUCUUCUUUUUUUUUUUUUUUACUUCCAUGUUUACCAGACCUCCCAAGGAAAGAAAGGUAUAGAUGGCAUUUGUACUCUUUACAUCCAACUAUGUAAUAUGGAAGUUUUGCCAAUCCAUGGUUAUUAAUCCAACCACUACUAUGUCAUGUCA